CAAACCCCGAUCGCCUGGAUCCUAGGUCGAUGCUGAACCGCUGAGCCAUGCCCGGCCCAGCUGUUUUUUAUUCUUGAUUGUUGGCAUCAGUUCAAGAGGGCACAGAAGUGAGAGUAGGGAUGAGAGGCAAAGAUAGCAGAAGUGCAUUUGGAACAGGGAACCCAAUUUCAUUUAUUCCAUGUGUUGAGUUUACACUUACAGGGUCAGCACUUUUACAAAUGAAUACAGGUAAAAGCAGGUGCUGCUGUGGAAGAGAGGAUUUUGUAAAGUAGGAGUCACUGGCUGGCUCAUAACAUUGCACUAUUGAGCCACAACAAAUUUUUAUGUAAAGAAAUGCUUAAUCUGAUCAUUUCCUGUGAAAAUUUCAUCAUUCCCUGGAGUAGAUUUUACUGUUUUGGAGAAGAGAACAAGGAUCGUUACUUGAAAGUUAUAGGUGGGGGAGGGAUGGUGAUUAGUUUAGAAAAGUAUUUCCUAACAAUUAAAUCUGUCUAACAAUAAAAUGGACAUCCUAGCAAAGGAUGAGUUCUCCAUCAAAGCUUCUAUUCAUGUGGAGACUGGAUGAUUGAUCUGAUAUAAUAGAAGGUUUCUUGCAUGGGGACAAACUAUGGAUUAAAUAAUUGCUGAAGUUUCUUCCAGUUGGAAGAUUGGAGGAUUUUGACUCCAAUUGCGAUUUGUCUAAGUAUCAUUCAAUCAACAACGAUUUGAAUGCUGCUUCUGUUUUCAUUUGAAGGUUUGAAAGCCAGGGUUUUGUUUUCUUCGUUUCCUUCCUGUGUUCUGAGACAGAGCCAAGGAUUGUGAGUCUCGGUGUUGCCUUGGAUAUUCCCAUUUGGAAUUUGAGAAGCUCAAGCCAGGUGUUGGUGGUGAUGUAACAAAAGCUGCUGUCCUCACCUGUUGGGUGGGUUAGGGUGAAGUUCAUGGCAUGCACCUGGAGACAUCAGUAUAAGAAUGUGCUGCCAAGAAAUAUGGCUUAGUGCUUUGAAUUUUUGAGCAAGUCAAGUCAUUCUAGAUAAUGUUGGACCCCUAAAUUACUUUUAAAAAAUAUUUCCUGAGAAGAAUGACCUACUAUGUUGGCAAAUUCAUUUUCAGGUAUGCGCUUGGUUUUGGAUUAUUCAUGCAUUAAAGUUAUUUGGGCUGCUACCAUCUCCUGUGACCUAAGACAGUGACUGAAAUGGUCCUAGAGAAGGAAUUUUUAUCUGUAUUAAGCCACUCGUUUAUCUAUGAAUUCUUAAGAAAUUUAAUUCUUAAGUAUUAAAUGUAAGGAACUAAUUUAUUUUAUAACAUUUUGAAUUUGAGGUAUCUUAGGCCAAAAGUUCUUUUUGUAUUUGUAGCUUUUUCUGACAAUUGUGAUACUGGAAUGGAAGUAAUUUAGCCAUUGAUAAUACAUAGACCAAAGAGAACAUAAGGAUCAUAGUUUAUGAGGCUGUAGUGAACUGAAAUUCAUUUUUUUUUAAAUCUGGAAAGGAUCUUAGAAGUCAUUGACUCCAAGUCUAGGAUAUAUGAGGCAACUGAAACCCUGUAUGUAAUUUGACAAAAGUCACCCAGCUAACACAUACAGGUGUAGGUAAAAAUCAUAUGAUAUGAGGAUGGUGGAAGUAGUGACAGUACAGUUGAUGUCUCUUUAGAAAGGAGAGUUUAUAAAACUUUGAGAGAUGGACUGGGACCAGGGAAGCCCUUAGAAAUAGAGGAGUGAUACAAAGUAUGAAGUACCCUAGAAUUUCUGAUCUGCUAAGUUAAGCCUCAGAUUGAUUGGUUUGGUGGUAGCUGAAGUGGACGUUCACUUAAUCAUUUAUUAAUCAGACAUUGAUUGGCUGCCUACAAUAUUGCUAGAUGCUAUGCUAAGUGUUGGGGCUACAAAUAUGAAUAAAACAUGUCCCAGCGUUUCUACAUCUCUUAUACAGUACAAGAGAGAAUACUUUCUAUUUUGCCAUCUCUCUCAUAGAAAAAUUCAUUGUUAUCAAGUUAGUGACCUCUAAUACUUCCAAGGAAUGCCGAAAAUCAGAAUCUGAUCACACCACUAAACAAGUGGUGUCCUGGGGUCAAGGGUGGUAUGAAGAUAAAGUAUCUGAGAUGUUUCUAAAGAGACAGUCACCCGUUACCUUUGAGAAUUCUACUUUUGCCUUCCCCAAAAGGCAGGAGAUGAGUCAGUGUGGUAGGGCAGGUGUGUACCUGGUGACUUUAUGAACAAGUCCUCUACAGAGAAAUAUAAACAACCUGUCUGCUAUGGCAGUUUGGUUAGAGAUUGUUCUUCAUUCCAUUAUUGCUUCCUCAGCUGGGACUACUAACUUCAGAGGAAUUCAGGUUGGUGCCAGGCUGUCAGUCAGGGACACAGUUUCUGCCAAAGUCAAGUCGGAAAGAAGAGAUCCUUUUCAGGUGAACUUAUUUGGCAAUCAUUUGUCCUGGGUGGAGUCAGCGGACAAAGAUUGACUUUUGCUAUGAACCUUUGGGAUCUCCACUCUGUGUAAUAGCUUAUGGUUUUAUUUUAGGUUGUUCCAGAUAUUUUGUUCCUCCCAUUUCCUCAACUAGCAUUGGAAGAGUGGUCAGCUGUAAAGUUAGUGUGUAGUAUUCACUCAUUCAUUCAUGCAGCAAAUAUUUACUGAGGGCCUGUGUGCCAAGCACUGUACCAAGUGCCAGGUGAUACAUGCUGGGGACAUAUUAAUGAACAGCACACACAAGCUCCCUGCUUUCAAGAAACUUACAUAUUAGAGGAGAAGGCCAGAUAGUAACUAAUUAAAAUAAUUUCAGAGUAUAUAAAGUACCAGGAAGGACAUAAACAAAGUGUUAUGUUAGAGAAUAAUGCAGGUUGGGAGUUUUUCAGGGUUGUAGUCUGCUGCUUCCUUCUGUUAGGUUAGAUAAGCAAACUGAUGGGUAGAAAUGUAGUAUUCUAGAAAUAUAGGGGAAAAGCAUUAUUUGGUGUGGUAUUGUGGUUUUGUGGUUAAUGUAGUAGUUAAGAAAUUAAUAUAAUAUUAAUGAGGAAUUAGGAAGCUAAGUGUUACUCUUCAUAAUAAAUUCAACCUGAAAUGAAUGCACUAGGAUGGUUAGCUUCCCCACUUGGUUAGGAAGCUGCUGAAAUUGGGCUAUGAUCAUCCCAUUCCAGUGUAAUUUGAACCUUACAUGUUUAUUUCUUUCUCAGGUGGAGGCCCGAAUUUUGAUCUAUGUCCUCCCUACAUCCACUGCCUGAAAGUACUUAAUGAUCACAUGACCCUGGACAUGGAUGCUGUCCUGUCGGAUUUUGUUCGUUCCACGGGAGCUGAGCCAGGGCUGGCCCGAGACCUCCUGGAAGGAAAGAAUUGGGAUGUGAGUGCUGCCCUCAGUGACUUUGAACAGCUACGUCAGGUCCACGCUGGGAACCUGCCCCAACCCUUUAGUGAAGGGAGUGGUGCCUCCAGGACCUCUGAAAAAGGGUUUUCUGAUAGAGAGUCUACUCGCCCUCCCCGACCUACCCUACAGCGGCAGGAUGACAUCGUUCAAGAAAAACGCCUGUCUAGGGGCAUCUCCCACGCCAGCUCCAGCAUUGUUUCCCUGGCCCGGUCCCAUGUCUCCUCCAAUGGUGGGGGUGGGGGGAGCAGUGAGCACCCCCUGGAAAUGCCCAUCUGUGCCUUCCAGCUUCCAGAUCUCACUGUGUACAAUGAAGACUUUCGCAGCUUCAUAGAGAGAGACCUCAUUGAACAGUCCAUGCUGGUUGCCUUAGAACAGGCAGGGCGUUUAAACUGGUGGGUGAGUGUGGACCCCACUUGUCAGAGGCUGCUUCCUUUGGCAACUACUGGAGAUGGAAACUGCCUCCUACAUGCAGCCUCUCUUGGGAUGUGGGGUUUCCAUGAUCGGGACUUGAUGCUGCGGAAAGCUUUGUAUGCACUGAUGGAAAAGGGAGCAGAGAAGGAAGCAUUAAAACGACGCUGGAGGUGGCAGCAAACACAGCAGAAUAAAGAGUCGGGGCUGGUAUACACAGAGGAUGAAUGGCAGAAGGAAUGGAAUGAGCUGAUCAAACUUGCCUCAAGUGAACCCCGCAUGCAUCUAGGUACCAAUGGAGCCAACUGUGGUGGGGUGGAGAGUUCAGAGGAGCCUGUAUAUGAGAGUCUAGAAGAAUUCCAUGUCUUUGUCCUUGCCCAUGUGCUUAGGAGGCCCAUAGUCGUCGUGGCAGACACCAUGCUGAGGGACUCUGGGGGAGAAGCAUUUGCUCCUAUUCCCUUUGGGGGAAUCUAUCUGCCCUUGGAAGUCCCAGCCAGCCAGUGUCACCGCUCCCCUCUGGUGCUCGCCUAUGACCAGGCCCACUUUUCUGCACUUGUGUCCAUGGAGCAGAAGGAGAAUGGCAAGGAACAAGCUGUGAUCCCACUUACAGAUUCAGAACAUAAGCUGCUGCCCUUGCACUUUGCUGUGGACCCUGGAAAGAGCUGGGAGUGGGGCAAAGAUGACAACGACAAUGUCCGAUUGGCCAGUGUGAUCCUGUCCCUGGAGGUCAAAUUGCAUCUGUUGCACAGCUACAUGAAUGUGAAGUGGAUCCCAGUGUCCUCUGAUGCACAGGCUCCCCUGGCCCAGCCUGAGUCUCCCACAGCCUCAGCUGGAGAUGAGGCCCGGUCCACUCCUGAGUCUGGGGAAUCAGACAAGGAGUCAGUUGGCAGCAGUUCUACCAGCAAUGAAGGCAGCAAGCGGAAAGAGAAAUCAAAACGAGAUCGGGAGAAGGACAAGAAGAGGGCAGAUUCUGUGGCUAACAAACUGGGCAGCUUUGGGAAAACCUUGGGCAGCAAGCUCAAGAAGAACAUGGGAGGCCUGAUGCACAGCAAGGGUUCUAAGCCUGGGGGGAUGGGAACAGGGUCAGGAGUGAGCAGUGGCACUGAGACACUGGAGAAGAAAAAGAAAAACUCACUGAAGAGCUGGAAGGGUGGCAAAGAGGAGGCAGCUGGGGAUGGACCUGUGUCUGAGAAGCCCACAUCUGAGUCUGUGGGUAAUGGAGGGAGCAAGUAUAGCCAGGAGGUGAUGCAAAGCCUGAGCAUCAUGAGGAUUGCAAUGCAAGGGGAGGGAAAGUUUAUUUUUGUUGGAACCCUGAAGAUGGGUCACCGGCACCAAUAUCAGGAGGAGAUGAUCCAGCGCUACCUUUCUGAUGCUGAAGAGAGAUUCCUGGCAGAGCAGAAGCAGAAGGAGUCUGAGAGGAAGAUCAUGAAUGGAGGGGUAGGGAGUGGGCCUCCUCCAGCCAAAAAGCCAGAGCCAGAUGGUGGGGAGGAGCUGCUGACUGCCCCCCAAACAGAGUCCAAGGCAAUGGCAUAUUCUACUGGCUACCCUGGGGGCUUUACAAUCCCUCGGCCUUCUGGGGGUGGAGUUCACUGCCAGGAACCCCGGAGGCAGUUGGCAGGGGGUCCAUGUGGGGGUGGCCUCCCACCAUAUGCCACCUUCCCUAGACAGUGCCCUCCUGGGAGACCCUACCCCCAUCAGGACAGCGGCCUUUCUCUGGAGCCAGGCAGUCACUCCCAGGAUGGAGUUCACAGGGGUACAUUGUUACCACCCCACUUCCGUGUGGCUGAUUCCUAUAGCAACGGCUACCGAGAGCCCCCUGAGCCAGAUGGAUGGGCUGGAGGGCCCAGGGGGCUUCCCCCAACCCAGACCAAAUGCAAACAACCGAACUGCAGCUUCUAUGGACACCCUGAGACAAACAACUUCUGCUCCUGCUGUUACAGGGAAGAACUGAGGAGGAGGGAACGGGAACCAAGUGGGGAGCUGCUGGUGCACAGGUUCUGAAUUGGGGGGACCUUGGAGGGCAAGGGGGCUAAACAAAGAAAGUUAAGCUCAACUAAUUGGCUCAUCAAGACCCAGCCCCCACGUUGACGGGGCAAAUGCAGUAAUGUUUGUGGGAGCCUGGCUAGAAACUUUUAAGUGUGUGUGCACUGGAGAGCUGCCAGGCUGGCAAGAGCAGGCCAGGGCUGGACGGUGCCGCAAGGGCUGGACUAGUCCUUUGCAGAUCUUGACUUGAUGGGACUGAGGAGGUACAAAGGGGGAAGAUGGUGAUUCUCUCUCAUAACCCCUUGGGUCCAAGAAAGCAGUAGGGGCAGGUUUGGUGUGUGGGGGUGGGGAGGUGGUUAGCUGUCUGGGAGAGGAACAGGCAAAAGUGGUUCUUAGUCAAUAAAAGAAAAAAACAGACCAAAGUUCUUUUAGGCUGAAAAAAACGCAUGGUGGUGGAGUUGGGAGUAUGAAGAGAAACUGAUAGACAAAUUGCUAUUGAUUUGAAUUAAGAUAGAAAUUAGGGUUGGAUAAAUUCUUCCUCCUGAAGGGUCGAGAAAGACAGGGCAGAAAUAUGUGCUUAUGGGUGCCUAUUAGGAGGGAGGUCGUUUAAAUGGGUUUAUUGAGAUGGGGAAGGGAAGAACUUAAAAGAGAAAGCCUUUUCCUCUUAAGUUUAUUUCCUUCUGAACUCCGUCUGUCAUCUGUGCUCGUUUGAGAGGAGAUGGCCGAUGGCCCCCUAUCUUUUCCUCAUCCUUUUUGAGGGGCUGAGCUCAGCUAAAUUAAGAAGGUUGUGAUUUUUUUUUACAAGACUUUUAUUAAAAAAAAGAAGUUCCCUCUGGGGAAGGGAAGAGAGUGAUGGGAAGAGCCAACUGUGUGUGUUGAAUUUUCUCCAGGUGAAUUGGUGCAGAGGUGAUCUUUUUUAAACUACUUAGCAAUAACCACAUAUUGGGGUUUGAGUGUGCCUUGGGAGGGGUGGGAGGACAGACCUUUGGCCAGACUGUUUCAAACAAAACCAAAAACCUAAAUAGAGCACUACCACCCUCUGCUGCUGCAUUUCUGUAGAAAGCAACUUAUUUUUUGACUUUUUUUUUUUCUUUUUUUUUAAGGAAAAGAAAAAGACCCCAGCAAGCAAAAACAUUUUAAAAAUAAUUUUUUUUUCCUAUUUAAGUGAUUCUUUCUCCUUCCUCUCUACUUUUGGAGAAUGAACUUAACAUCCCGGCUUCUUUUGUUAAGCCAUAGCUGACCUUAAUCUGUGGUUAGUUUAUUAAAAUAAUAAAAAAUACUUUGUAAGAAGAGAUAUUUUUUAUAAUGGGACUGAUGAAACAUGGGGUAGAGGCUGGGGCAAUUUAUAAAAAAGGUAGUUAGAGAAAUCUAUUUUAGUGAACUAUAACCACAGAUCACAGAUUACUCCCAAUGAGCUGAUCUGUCUUUGGAUUUUCCCCUUUCCCUGACCCAACCCUUUUCCCCAGGGGGUGGGAGUGGGCCUGUGGGCACAGUGCGGGGAGCACCUUUGCAUUUUGCACAAAGCACAAGUCUGGACAGCCUAUGCUCUGGCCAGCACCAUUUUUAAGAGCUUUAAACCAGAGGGCCUAUUCUGGGCCAAUUUUCCUUUUCCUUUCCUUUUCCUGGGAAAAAAAUCAACUAUGCAAUUGUAUACACUCCUGGGUACAUACAAAGAAGGAGAAUAAGUGUACUUAAGUGUCCAGGUGUUAAUUUGGGCUAUUUUUCUGUAUUUGGAUUUCUCUUUGAAGGUAUCUACUCAACCCACCCCAUGGAAUGUAAUCCCCACAUUUGAUCUGAGGCAGACAUGGGCUGGGCGGGGGGAGCGCUCGUGUCUGCCAUAUGUUGCUUCUGCCCAAUCAGGAAAGUUGUCACCCUGUUUCUCCCUUGGUAACAAAGCCACCAAGACUGUCCUCUUCAUUGGAACUGCUCACAUUUUAGAAAGGUUCCUUAACAAACUUGAAAGUUACUUAUUUUCCAAAUCUGAUAGUCUGUUGAUUUUCUUAUUUCCUAUGGCUAUGAAUUCUUAAGCUUUUAUUUGAAAAUAGACGGGUUUUAAGGAAGCAAUGAGGUCAAAGGAAUUAGGUUCCAAAGGAGGGUAUGUAUAUAUUCUAUGCAGGGCUGGGACUAGUAUGAGACAAGCACUCCUCUCAGGUACAAAACUGAAGAGGGUACUGAAAAACUCAGUAAUCAAGAUAAUGUUUUAAUGCAAUAUUUUUUUAAAAAUCAAUGCAAAAAAUAUGAUGAACAAAACACCAAAAUCUUAAAGACAGGAUUUAGCAGGACUGGGAUUGGGAUGAGGGAAGCAAGGCUGAGUUGAGCAAAUACAGGAUUGAAUUCUGUCUUUAUUUAAAAUUGCGAUACUUUGUUCAUUGUGUUUUUGGUUUUAACAGUUUUGAUUUUCAAAAAUACUGCAUUAAAAUAGUAUCUUGGUUACUGGGUUUUUGGGCACUACUUAAAUUUUGUUCCCCAAAUGAGUGCCUUGCUCACCCUCACCCUGUUUUUCGGUUAGAACAACACUAGUGAGACCACCACCUUGUGGGCUUCCAUCCCCUACCGUGCACCCGAACACAGGUGGCUCAGACUCACACCUUGAAUUUGCACGACUCUCUGAGCUUUCUCAUAGGCAUCCAUCUAUGUCAUAGGAUUUUGGCCCGGACCAGUAGGAGUGGAAACAGACCAGAGAUUUCCCUAGAGAACAAAACCAGGAACAUUUUGAUUCUCCACUGGACUGCUGUGUUUGGAUUUGUUGUUAUUAGUUCUAGGUAAUACUUUUGUUUUUAAAAACUGAGGACAAAUGAACAAAAAUGGAAACCUUGUGUCGUUUGUUUUUCUUUUGAUUUAUAAAUUAACCAAUCCCAAUUUCUUCUGACUUCUUUUCAAAUAAAAAAGAUGGAAAUUCUGGGG